AUGUCAUUGCAUCAUCUUCUCAUUUCACUCUUUCUCUUCUUCAUGGUUACUCCAACCACCUCUUUAAACUCUGACGGCCUCUCCCUGCUGGCCCUGAAAGCUGCUGUGGACUCCGACCCCACCGGCGUUCUCACGUCCUGGUCGGAAACCGACGCCACAGCAUGCCACUGGCCCGGUGUGUCCUGCACGGGCGACAGAGUUACCCAACUCUCUCUCCCCAACAAGAACCUCACCGGUUAUAUUCCCUCCGAACUGGGAUUUCUCACCUCCCUCAAAAGAUUAAGUCUUCCAUACAACAACUUCUCCAACGCCAUUCCUCCCUCUCUAUUCAAUGCGACCUCCCUCAUUGUCCUCGACCUCUCUCACAACGCUCUCGGAGGUUCCCUUCCCUCGCACUUUCUCUCCCUCAAGUUCCUUCGCCAUUUGGACCUCUCCUCCAACUCCUUCAACGGUUCCCUCCCUCCUACCCUCUCCGAUCUCACUUCUCUCACCGGAACCCUCAAUCUCUCUUUCAACCACUUCUCCGGCGGGAUUCCGGCCUCCCUUGCUCACCUCCCUGUGGCUGUCAGCCUCGACCUCCGCAACAACAACCUCACAGGAAAAAUCCCUCAGGUGGGGUCCCUGCUAAACCAGGGUCCCACCGCGUUUUCUGGCAACCCUGGACUCUGUGGGUUCCCCUUACAAACCGCGUGCUCCGAAGCGCAAAAGCCUGGGAUUUUCGCCAACCCUGAAGAGGGUUUCCCUCAGAACCCCAAUGCGCUUCACCCUGAAGGCUCCGACCAGAGAGUGAAAUCGCACGGUGGCGGCUCCGUCGCAGUUCUUGUCAUCUCCGGGCUCUCCGUCGCCGUUGGAGCGGUUUCUCUCUCACUCUGGGUUUUCCGGCGACGGUGGGGCGGGGAGGAGGGGAAAUUGGGGGGGCAGAAAUUGGACAAUGAGGUGGACGCGGGAGAGGGGCAAGAAGGUAAAUUUGUUGUGGUGGAUGAAGGGUUUGAGUUGGAGUUGGAGGAUUUGCUUAGGGCGUCUGCGUAUGUUGUGGGGAAGAGUAGGAGUGGGAUAGUGUACAAGGUUGUCGGCGUCGGGAGAGGGUCUUCCUCGGCGGGGAAUGUGGUGGCUGUUCGGCGACUCAGUGAGGGUGACGCCACGUGGCGAUUUAAGGAGUUUGAGUCUGAAGUGGAGGCCAUUGCAAAGGUUCGUCACCCCAGUGUUGUUCCCUUGAGAGCUUAUUAUUAUGCGCAUGAUGAGAAGCUGCUUAUCACUGAUUUCAUUCGCAAUGGAAGCUUGCACACUGCUUUACAUGGUGGGCCUUCCAAUUCAUCGCCACCAUUAUCAUGGGCAUCAAGGUUAAAAAUUGCUCAAGAAGCAGCCAGGGGCUUGAUGUAUAUACACGAGUUCAGUGGUCGCAAAUAUAUCCAUGGCAACAUGAAGUCAACAAAAAUCUUACUAGACGAUGAGCUCCAUCCAUACGUGUCAGGUUUCGGGCUCACCCGGCUUGGUUUGGGCACGCCUACUACAGUGGCUCCAAAACGCAACAGCUUGAACCAAUCUUCUGUAACCACUUCAAUGAGUUCAAAGGUUGCAGCUUCCAUUAACCACUACCUGGCACCUGAGGUGCGCAUGGCUGGUGGCAAGUUCACUCAGAAAUGUGAUGUAUAUUCUUUUGGCAUAGUGCUUUUGGAACUUUUGACGGGUAGGAUGCCAGAUUUUGGGGCAGAAAAUGAUGACAAGGUGCUGGAGAGUUUUGUGAGGAAAGCGUUCAGGGAGGAGCAGCCAUUGUCUGAUAUCAUUGACCAAGCACUCAUCCCUGAAGUUUAUGCUAAAAAGCAAGUCAUUUCUGCAUUCCAUAUUGCUCUGAACUGCACUGAACUCGAUCCAGAGUUGCGACCUAGAAUGAAAACCGUGUCAGAUAGUCUUGAUCACAUCAAAUAUAGUGAAAAACAAGAGAACCAUGUAUAG